AUGGUUCAGGCUGCUGCGAUCCGCAAGCGCUCUGAAGAUCUCAUCGAUAUCGAGACAUUCACCGAGUCCGCGGCGAAAGCCAAAAUUACGAAGAUAUUUCGCCUGGUCAUGUCUCGCAGUCGCUUGGCAGUCCCAGGUUUGCACUCUCUCGUAGGCGGCGUUCAGGGUCAUCCAGAGCCAGAACUCCUGCUCCAUUACCCUGCAUGGCGAGAAUAA